AUGGAACAGUGGGGGAAAAGAGACCAGCGUUAUGAGAUCCCGUCCCGCGGUAUUUCUGCCGCCGCCGCCACCGACGUCAACGGUGGUUGGGCGUUCCCAUAUCUGAGCCCUAAACUAAAGUACAUUGCCUUAUUCCAGAAGGCAAACCGAUCAACCAAAGCUCUUGGACAUUUCCUCAUAUAUUGUUUAAAAUAUAACCUUAAAUCUUUGGACAAAGUGUUAGGCAACACAUGA